AUUCAGGCUAUAAAUACACAAGAAUAUCUUCUCUUCCAAAAAGUGUGCAUGACAACUGUUAGACAAAAUGCCAAAAAUGAUUCACGUAUCCAUAGUGUUUUUGUUGUUGUUUUCAAAUGCUAUUGUUUAUAAAGUUUGUCAUGCUUCCUCUUACUCCCGUCUCAUAAGCGGUGGUGUUGACCAUCAUCAUCAUUCUCCCAUUAAUAAGCAACCACUCGCCAUAAUCGCCAUUCACAAAACUGUUAUCGCUCUCCAUGAAUCAGCUUCCAUUCGUUCUAACCUUAACUCUUUGCUACUGGGUAUCAAGGUGGCGGAUGCUCAAUGGAUUAACAUAGAUCUCGAGUACCCUGAACCAUCUCAGGACGAUUGGGUUGGAGUUUUUUCUCCGGCGAAGUUCAAUGCUUCCGAUUGUUCAUCUGAAGUUGGUAGCUGGCCGGAGACUCCAACCUUAUGCACAGCUCCAAUUAAGUACAUGUUCGCAAAUCAAUCCACUACUGAUUAUGUUCGAACAGGAAAAGCUACACUCACCUUUCGGAUCAUCAAUCAACGUGAAGAUUUCGCGUUUGCAUUAUUUACAGGCGGAUUAGAAACUCCGAAAUUGGUUGCUGUUACUGAUCCUAUAUCAUUUCCAAACCCUAAGGCCCCUCUAUACCCUCGUCUUGCCCAUGGAAAAGCUUGGGAUGAGAUGACUGUAACAUGGACAAGUGGCUAUAACAUUGAUGAAGCAACUCCAAUUGUAGAAUGGGGAUUUAAGGGUCAAAGCAAAAAGCUUUCUCUAGCAGGAACGUUGACUUUUACACGUGGCAGCAUGUGUGGCCCACCUGCACGUACAGUUGGAUGGCGGGAUCCUGGUUUUAUCCAUACUAGUUUCUUACAGGACUUAUGGCCAAACACCAUGUAUGAAUAUAGAAUGGGGCAUAUAAUGGUAGAUGGAUCAAUCAUUUAUAGUGAUAUGUAUACAUUUAAAUCAUCUCCAUAUCCAGGACAAGAUUCCCUUCAACGUGUUAUCAUAUUUGGAGACAUGGGAAAGGCAGAACGUGAUGGGUCAAAUGAGUACGGAAAUUAUCAGCCAGGAUCCCUACUUACAACAGACCAAUUGGUCAGUGACCUUGAAAACUAUGAUAUAGUGUUUCAUAUAGGAAAUUUACCAUUUGCGAAUGGAUUUCUUUCACAAUGGGAUCAAUUCACAGAACAAGUCCAACGCAUUUCAUCAGUAAAGCCAUAUAUGAUUGCAAGUGGCAACCAUGAACGAGAUUUUCCUAAUUCUGGAUCUUUUUACAACACUCCUGAUUCAGGCGGGGAGUGUGGUGUACCUGCUGAGACCAUGUAUUAUGUUCCCGCACAUAACAGAGCCAAAUUCUGGUAUGCAACGGAUUAUGGGAUGUUUCAUUUUUGUAUAGCGGAUUCAGAGCAUGAUUGGAGGGAGGGUUCAGAACAGUAUGCAUGGAUAGAAAAUUGUUUUGCAUCAGUCGAUAGACAAAAACAACCAUGGCUCAUCUUUGCUGCUAAUCGUGUUCUUGGUUAUUCUUCUAACAAUUGGUUAGCUGAUGAGGGUGCAUUUGAAGAGCCCAUGGGUCGUGCAAAUUUGCAAAAGCUAUGGCAGAAAUACAAAGUAGACAUUGCGUUUUAUGGGCAUGUCCAUAAUUAUGAAAGGACGUGUCCUAUAUAUCAGAACCAAUGUGUGAACUCGGAAAUAUCGCGGUAUUCUGGUACAGUGAAUGGGACAAUUCAUGUUGUUGUUGGCAGUGGAGGGAGCCAUUUGUCAGAUUUUACUGAGAUAAAUACAUUUUGGAGUUUGUAUAAAGAUCAGGAUUGGGGAUUUGUAAAACUUACUGCGUUUAACCACUCUUCACUUCUAUUUGAGUACAAGAAGAGUAGUGAUGGUUUGGUUUAUGAUAAUUUCACGAUUUCAAGAGAUUAUAGGGACGUGUUGGCAUGCGUACAUGAUGGGUGUGAAGAUACUACUUUGGCAAUUUAAAUCCCAUAAAAAGUAGUUCUCCUAUAAAAAAUCGUAUUAUUAGUUGUUAAGACUUAAGGAUUCCAUUAUACGAAUAAUGUUCGUAGCUUAUUACUAUAUAACCAAGUUUCAAUCAUAAUGUAUAUAUUCCGUUAUU